AUGAGCAAUGAAUCAGGUGGGACAAUCGAGGUGGGUCCUAGAAGUAGAUGCGCCAUCCACCAGCAGGCGAUUGCUCUUGUAGGGAAGUUGCACGUGCCAGUGUCGCCAAGAUUGUGGGCGAUAAUCAACAGUGGCCGAGAAAAGCGUGUGACCGAACAACUUCAACGCCUAAGCACUAGUAGAGCAGACGACUUGGAUGAGGUUUACCACCUAGCUCGUAACGAAUUCCUCGAUUUCUUAGAAGCCCAUGACUGGGGAACGAGAAGUGGGCUCGCAACAAGUUGCGUCACACCGCAAAGCACAUCUGAAAAGCACCCUUCUAGUCAAGGCGGUCCCUCUACAAUGCCGGACAACACUCUGCAUCCGCGACAAGAGAGGCUACUGCACUGCUUUGUCGGGUUACUCUUGCCACAGCUGAGAUUAGCGGAUCAGUUGAACAUGCAUGCGUUGAACGUGGGCCGGGAAAGGCAGACGUUGGUUGCGUUGUUGGUGUUGUUGAAAUUGCAGUCAACUAAGUGGAUCCAUUGUGAAAUGACGGCAGAGAAAGACUUUCGAAAGCAGGCCUUGGAAGACGAACAAGCGAAAGCUGCUAACAACACAGAUGAUGCUGAUAUUAAGGCCUCUUGGGUUAGACAUAGUGGGAAACAGUACGGGCGAUUCCUGAACAAGUUUAUGCAGCUGGUUGUGUCUGAGGAGCAUGGGUGGAUGGCCAAGUCUCAUAGCAGGAGCAACUCUCACAGUAGCACAGGAAGCGGGCGUUCGCGAGGUAUUCUGGUGCAAGGCUCAGCUGCGAGUAAGAAGGCACAUGCCAAAAAAGAGGAAGAAGCAGCGCAAAACAUGACUGACAAUCG